AGUGGGCGGGGAGUUUGUGGGUCGUCUUCGAACCGUGAAAGUGGUUCACUCGUUUCUCACUCGGUGCUACUUCACAGUGGGACCCCGGCGGAUAAUUCACACUUUGACUGCGGCCGAACUGAAGCCAUGAAGAUUUGGACAUCAGAGCACAUAUUCCAUCAUCCUUGGGAGACAGUGACCAAGGCUGCUAUGCAGAAAUACCCAAACCCAAUGAACCCCAGUGUCUUCGGAGUGGAUGUUUUGGACAGGAACGUGGACACACAGGGACGCCUCCACAGUAAAAGACUCCUGAGCACAGAGUGGGGUCUUCCAUCUAUAGUAAGAUCUAUCAUCGGCAUUGCACGAACGUGCACUUACAUUCAGGAGCACUCAGUUGUGGAUCCCAAGAAGAAGACCUUGGAGCUUCAGUCCACAAAUAUCACUUUCACAAACCUAGUGUCUGUGGAUGAAAAGCUAACAUAUAAACCACAUCCUGAGGAUCCACAUAAAACCAUAUUGACACAGGAGGCAAUCAUCACUGUGAAAGGAGUCAGUCUCAGCAGUUACUUGGAGGGAGUAAUGGCCAGCAGCAUCUCUACUAACGCCGGGAAGGGCCGUGAAGCGAUGGAGUGGGUCAUCAGGCGGCUGAAUGCAGAAAUUGAGGAAAUGGCAAGCACAGCUCGUGGGACCAUACGCACCCCCAUGGCUGCUGCAGUGGUUGACAAAUGACAACUGCCUCUCUGCUUUUUCAGCCAGUUUUCUCUACUAUGCUGCUGCACGACUGCAGCAGUUGCAUAGCUGCCUUCCUCUAUAGUUACACAGCACCACUGUGGGCAGUGACUAUAGAACCAGAAAGCAAAGAAUCCCAGGACAGUUUUCAGCCUGUUACCGUCUUCUCUCUCUCUCUUUCUCUCUGGGGAGAUCCUAUAAAAGUGUUUACUUGGGCUUCCUGUUUGCUGAGAUUAGUUAGUUUCUUGAUGUUUGGUGUAAAUGUCAGGCACCUCCGUUUUCAUCAUUAUUUUGUUGUGGUCCAAACCCAUCACAUGAUCAGAGCUGUAAAGUCAACCAAUCGUCUUCUUUUUCCGAGAGUUGGGAGGCUGCACAUCAUUCCAUUUUAAAAAGCUGUCACACUAUUUGAUUACCCAUAAUUCUUUUUCGUUACAUACUCCAAAGUACAGCAGUGUGACAUUGAGAACCAGCUUUUUCUUAGCAGAGCCUGAGUAGUGUGCUAGUACACCCAGCAUGCUUAUGGUGCUGUGGAUUUUUUUUCUCUUUAUACAUAUAUAUUUAUAUCUAUAUAGCUAUAUAGAAUUAGUGCAAUACACCCAUUAUGUAUGAUAUAUCAUGCGUAUUAGAUAUGUUUUAAUUAGUGGGGGCAGUUUUGAAGGACCAUAGUGACGACGCACUCAGGGACAAGAUUUAAAAUACUGUAAAUAUGCGAGUGGAGUCACUAUGAGUUUGUCUGGUGCAGAAAACUCGCCAAAAAGCAGACACGCUCAGAAUGGGAAGAUCUGUCCUCUUAUAUAAGCUCUGUGUUUACAACAGCGGGUUUGGAGGAAGAAGAAUAAGAAGGCCGGUGAUGAGUAGAAAUGAGUGUAGAGGUGUGAUGUCUGAAAAAGAUGUAGACUCAGCGGUACGCGGGAAUUGGUGUCUGGGAUCUGUCGUGGUUUUAUAGUGACAUCGUUUUUUUUUUGUGUUCUUCUGGGACCUCCGUUAUAGCAGCACACUAUACAAGCCUGAAUGCAGAUGUUUUGUAUGUAAUAACUAGUAUUUAAGAAAGAUUAAGGGAUCAGUGAAGUUGCAGAAGUUGUAUUGGAAGCUGUGAGUACACCUUCUGAGGUGUGAGGACAAAAGAAGAAAAUGAGCUGCACUCAAAACAGUGUUCCUGAUACACGAAUACUGUGACUGCCAUUGAUCAUCCAGCAUCGUCUCCUGAUGGAACGACGUCUUUGAGUUUAUUUGCACUGAUACAGUAAUACAGUUAACAGAAGCUGCUACGUGUGAAUGAGGAACUGAUCCUUUGUGUUGUAUCACUGAGAACAUGCAUGUGGUUACAUUCUACCAUUUGAAUUGGCUUUGUCGUAACAGGCAGCAAUGAUAGUGAAAACCUUAGUUUUGUUAAUUUGUUUUAUUUACCUGUAACUAACUAUUUAUUUGUUUUUGUGGGGUGGAGGUGGGGGGCAUGAUUUGAAAUGGGUCUUGGAUGACAUUUGUGUUGUCAUAUCACAAGCUUGUCAUUAAAUUAUUUAUGUAUUUUGUCUCUGUGCCUUGAACAAAAAUGGUCAAACCAAUGCAGAAUUUUGUCAUUAAACAGUUUUUUCUGGUGCCAUUUCUCAAA